UCUGUGUCUCCGGGCUGUGAUCACCCAGUCAGUCAGGACCCUGAUUAUUUACAUCAGGCCAUUUAACAAACACAAAUCGGGUCAGGGGGAAGACUUUGCGUGUCGUGCAAUAUCUCUUAAAAACAAAAAAAAAGGAUUAUAAGCGAUCGCAGAGAAAACCUGGGAUAGUGGGACGGAUUUUUAUUUUCGAGAUAUUUCAACCCCUCCCGUUGAUUGACCCUUAAUGUGUCUUCGCUCUUUAUAAAGACCCCGGCAGAAAAUACAUCUUGGAUCGGAAAUCCACAGUGAUAUUACGAAUCUGGGAAGUCCUGCUUAUCGAUUGCGUGGUGAAACUGAAAUAUUAUGUCUUGCUCUGCAUCUAUCGUCAGCGGCUAAGGUCAACUGCCAGGAGGCUAUUGGAAGAAAACGUCACGUGAAUCGGGGUGCCAAUGUUAUUCGAUAAGGGUGUCAGGACCCUGACAGUUUGUGAAAUAAAUAUUGGGAAACUGCGAGAUGCAAAAAACGACAUUCUACGACAACUGUACUCUGUUCGGUGGAUACACAUACCAGGGAGCAAAUGGUUUCAGCUACGAAGUGGCGCAGGAACCCUAUCCACCAUCUUCUCACGUUGAGGGUGAUUACCAGAGGUCGGCCUGCUCCCUGCAGCCGGCUGGCACCAGUGGUCCGCAUGUCAAAUCUAGAGACACCAAUGGGAGCUGCAUGCGUUCGAACCUCCCAGAGCACCGCCAACCUCCACCUAUCUCACCUCCCCAAAACCCCAGCAGCAACGCGACACAGCCAGGCACCAGCAAGACUCUGCCCAAGUCUUCCCACACCUCCACACCCAGCCUCACCAAACAGAUAUUCCCCUGGAUGAAGGAGACACGGCACAACUCCAAGCAAAAAAAUAACAACAGUCCCAGCACAGCAGAGAGCGUCAGUGGAGACAAAAGCCCUCCGGGAUCUGCCUCGAAGAGGGCACGCACUGCCUACACCAGCGCACAACUGGUGGAGCUGGAGAAGGAGUUCCAUUUUAACCGCUACCUUUGCCGACCCCGCCGGGUCGAGAUGGCCAACCUCCUCAACCUCAGCGAGCGGCAGAUCAAGAUCUGGUUCCAGAACCGCCGGAUGAAGUACAAGAAGGAUCAGAAGACAAAGGGCAUGGUGAGCUCUUCCGGGGGGCAGUCACCCACGGGGAGCCCACCACUCUCCGUCCAGGCCCCCGCUGGGUUCGUGAGCGCCAUGCACCCGCUGGCCAACAACUCCGCCUACGACGACCCCUCACCUCCGCCUUUCAGUAAACCUCACCAGAACACUUAUGCCAUGACCACGAGUUACCAAAACACCAUGAAAAGUUGCCCAGGUCAACAGCAGAAAAGAUAUCCCGGAACUGCUCCAGAGUACGAUCCCCACGCGAUACAGGGGAAUGGAGGCUACGGGACGCCAAACAUGCAGAGCAGUCCAGUGUAUGUUGGCGGGAACUAUGUGGAAUCUAUGUCUGCUUCUGGGCCUUCUCUCUUUGGCCUCAAUCAUCUCUCUCACCCGGCCUCCACAAGCAUGGACUACAACGGUGCUGCUCAGAUGACUCCUGGUCAGUCCCAUGGACCUUGCGGAGACUCACAUCCAACCUACACGGACCUCUCAUCGCAUCAUCCUUCUCAGGGAAGAAUUCAGGAAGUUCCCAAACUUACCCAUCUGUAGCAGGUGCGAGUGGGGAGCUUGACUGAGGAAAAGUAAAUCAUAUUAUUUCUCUCCUUUCCACAAUAGUCCUCUUUGGUCCAUCAUCUUUGAGUCUUCUUAUUCAUGUAUGCUGGCUUGUACUAAUAUACGUUGCUUAUAUUGCCCCCCUCAUCAAACCUGCCCUCCUAUGUAGCAUUAACUCACUCCAUCCUCCCUGCUCCCUAUUCCCCACCUGACUACCACCUCCCCCCACCAACCAUUACAAUCUUUAGGGUAGAAAUGAUACUUGGUAAUGCAAAAACAGCCCUAGAGGUUGCACAUUUAUUUCUUGGACUUAACGUGAAACAGGGUAAAUGAAUAAAUAUUCUGUCCUUUGAGAAAAGCAAAAGUGAAGACUUUUUUUUGGGGGGGAGGGUAUUUGCUGAUGCUUGAUUUCCUUUGGACACCUGUAUUGCACUUAUUGUUUACAUUUGAAUGGGUGAAACAGCUCAUGUGAGGCAAACAAUUCUAACUCAGCCUUGAAGGAAUCUUUAAAAAAAAAUUGAGUAGCUGGUGCGUCUUUCAAUAUGUGUGUAUUCUGGUGAACAUUCAGAUAUAUUUAUUGAUUAAUACCAGGAAAAUAUUUCUUUUUUUUUGUAUUAUUUAUCCCCGGCAAUACGUAUUUAUAUAAAAAAAAUAAAAAUCUGUACUUUUUAGUAUUUUCCUGUCAAGACAGUUGUAUUCACGUCUCUGUAAACAAGUUUAUUUUAGUUAAUGUAAACUAGAGCAAAAUUGUAGUUUUCUGUUACCAUUGUACCUAAAAGAAAUAAUGUAAUUAGUUAUAUUAUAGGCAUGGGAACAGAAUUGGACAGUAAUUGUAUAGUCUUGGUUUAGAAAAAUAUAGCAUACCCUACUUUUCUGAGACUCCUUGCCUUCUUUGUAGUUAUUCCCAUUGCUAACAGUUGUCUGUCAAACAAUUCUGGAAUAAAUCUCUUAUUAACAUAUUUUCUUGUAUGGAUGAUAUAUUCCUGACCAUAUAUCCACCACAAACUGGAAGCUCACUAACAUACAUUGUGCAUCAAUGCCCUACUUUUGAGUGGGCAGAUGUGAUAACAAAGCUAUUGCAAUCAUUCUUUAAGCUCUCUCUCUCUCUCUCUCUCU